CCUCCGGACAGUCCGAGCUCUACGGUGUUCCACCCUUCCUAAAGCAGAUGUCUUCAAGUAGAUUUUAGAAAUAGUUUCGGUUUUUCAUAAUUCUGUAUCUAUGCAUUUAUAAGAAGUGUAUUUUGCAUUUUCAUAUUCUAGUGAGAAAACAAAAACUAGUUGUUGUUUCAGAAAGCAUCAUUCUCUCCUUGUAAAUUAUUGUACAUUAGCCCUCAUCUUCCACAUGUGAUAGCGUUUAUUGUUAAAACUGUCUUCAUUGUCUAUGAUUCAUUGUUAUUACAGUCAGAACACUCCAUUUUUGCCUUUUUACAACUCAUAUUACCUGCUCGUUUUGAAUCUACUUUGAAAACACAAAAAGAUAAACAGUGAAGAACUUACGAAAACUUCAAGAGCUACCAAGAGCUGUUCCCUCAACCUGUGGUUAGUUAUUUACUGAGUGUCAUACGUCAAGACUCGAGUGUCAAGUAUCAAGACUCGAGUGUCAAGUGUCAAGACUCGAAUGUCAAGUGUCAAGUGUUUUGCGGUACAAAGGAGAGACACUUCACAUAACCUCCUUACACACACUUGAAGGUUCUCUCCAUCGACGGAAUACGAUGCACAAAAUAAAAAAAGGAAUCAAAAAGAAGAUCAAAGGAAAGAAGGAAAAAAAUGAUGAGUUAUUUACCCCAGAGGAAUUAGAAAAGUAUAAACGAGAAAAGGAGGAGAACGCACGUCGUCUUGCCGAGCAGCAGCAACAGCCGCAGCAGCAGCAGCAGCAGCAGCAGCAGCAGCAGCAGGAGCAGCAGCAGCAGCAGCAGCAGGAGGAGAAUAGCGAAGAGCCAGAGCAGCUCCAGCAGGAACCCUCAGCGACUACUGAAGGCGCUACAGCUGCUUCAGACGCUAAAGAGUCAUCCUCAAGUGGCGGAGACAACGACUGGAGGAAUUUCUUCGCUGCCACCGACACUGUCCUCAAGAAGACUAGUGAUAAUCUCGUACACAUCAAGGAGGCGAGUUUUUUCCAUAAAAAGGAGGAGAAACCAGCCGAACCCACCACCGAGGUUACUUCCGUCUCGGUCACUCCUGUAGCUCCAAGCGGCGGGAAGAAGUGGGUUGACCUCGAGGCAGGAGGUAUCGAUGACGGGAAUGAGGUAGAGGAAGAACGUCAAGAAGAGCCACAGCCAGAACCUGAGCCUGAGUCAGAACCAGCACCACUUCACUUCAUAGAAGACCUUCCUGACGUUGACCUUGAUGAUUUCACCGAGGUCUUUGAUACCACCUACGUUGAUAAUGUAGAGAGCGGUCAGGUGAAACUCCAUUACAUCCCAGACAGCCCUACAUCAGCUGAUCCAAACGAACCGGAUCCCUUUGACACUUCUGUUGUCAAUAAAGUUCUUCAUAUCGAUGAGCCCAAGAGGCCAAAAGUAAUCGAAACAAAGAAACCAGAAAAGAAAAAGAAACUUGUGAAUCUUGGUUGCGCAGUUGAAGUUUUGACUGGUAAUGUCCAAAGCGCCGAACAGUCCACAACUAUCGCGAAUUCAAAACGCCGUAGAGUGAUACAAAAAGAGAUUAACUUGCUCUCUGGCGUUUAUGAUGAUGAGAAUGGUGUAAAGACUGGCGAAACUAGUGAAAAAGAAGAGGAUAAUCAGAAAACAGAAGAAACUAAUAUCAUUGACAUUUUCUGUGUUGGAGACCUAGACGUUGAUCUUCCUGAACCAGGUGUUGUCUUAUGUGCCACCCCUCGGUCCUCCUCACCUGUCGUUCCUUCUACACAAGACGAGGACAAAAAAUCUACCAGCGUAAUUGUCAACAAUGGUUGUGAGGGCGAGAACAAAGUAGUUGACUUAAGUGAAUUUUUAGAAUCUUUGGGAGAGGAUCAAGAUUCUAAAGAAACAAAACCCGAUAACGGCAAAGAUCUUGAUCUGAAGGAUCUUGUUGCUGAAUUUGAUAUUAUAGACAAAUCUGAAGUAACCAACGAAUCUCUAGUGGUUGCUGAUCAGGACGCCAUUGAAGACGAGUUUGACGCAGAAUUUGCCUUUUUGGCUGCUGAGUCAGUUGCUAAAGCUAAGGAAAAAGAAGUAGAACUUGAGGACGACCCAUUUGACACUUCAGUUGCAGCUCAAGUACUAGGACCAGAGGAUACUACUGUUGAGGUAAAGGAUCCAUUUGACGUUGGGUUUGCUGACGAGGCAUUAAGAGAAGAGAAACAGAAAGUCAGACCCGCGAAGCCACCACCUCCACGGCCAACAGCGCCCACCACCCACGAAGAGACUACUGAACCAGAAGAUCCGUUUGAUACCUCGAUAGCAGAUAAACAUUUGCCGGUAGAUCCAUUUGCUUUAACAGAGCCCGACAGCGAUCUUCGUGAAACUUUACAGCCACAGUUAGAAAGUCGGCUAAAAAAAUCUGACAGUUUUGACCCAUUCGACACUUCAAUUGCUGAUAGCUUCGGCAAAACUGAGCUGAAAGUUCUUGAGACUGAAUUAAUCAGUGGCCCAGAAGCAGAAGUUGCACAGACUCUAAAGAAGACUAACUCUGACUUUGAUUUCAACCCCAGAGCAGAAGAACCUCUAACAGAAGUCCCUGUCAGACCUUCACUCCCAAGUAGACCAGCAGCUCCGUGUCUACUCACUAGCACUGAGAACGAAGAAACCUCAGCUCCCGUUCUCGCUCCUCAGGAUUCUCAAGUGGAUGACUUUGACCCAUUUGAUACAUCCAUUGCUGCCAAAGUUGAAAUACAGACUUUAGAAGCUGAAUUUCUUAUUCAGCCAGAUCAGGUACAGCAGACAGAAAAGCAGGAAUAUCCUGAGGUAAAGAAGAAUCCCCCGCCUCGUCCUGCAGUAUUUCAAGUCCAUCUUCUUGCUACAACACCCACAGACACUAAUCCAUCACUACGACCUGCAGCUAUAACUACCGAAGUUCCAGAAGACGACGCAUUUGAUCCUUUUGAUACAUCAAUUGCUGAUAACUUCGGGAAAACAGAACUCAAAUCCCUUGAGGAUGAAUUUUUGUCGACUCAACAAAGCACACAGGACGUAGGUGCAGUUACUGCCAGUAAUCCUAGAAGCAAAGUACUCAAGUUACCAAUCAAACCUAUUCUACCUUCCUCUCCUAAGUGUCUCCUAGCAGCUACACCCUUGGACGAAGUGACGCCUCUUCAGCCAGCACUUGAACCAGCAUCCGAGUUCUCUGAAAGCCAGCUUGACGACUUUGACCCCUUCGAUACAUCUAUUGCCGAUAAAUUCGGAAAGACUGAGCUGAAAGUUCUCGAGAGUGAGUUUCUCGUGACUUCAUCUUCUCAAAAGGUUGAAGACGAGGGAAACUUUGAUCCUCGGGCGGAAACAGAGGCCCCAACCAGACCCCCAAGACCCUUUAGACCUUCAUCCCCAGCCAAGCCCCUAAGACCUUCUCAGCCAUCAUCCCCAGCCCUGCCCCAUUGUUUGUUAACUGCUUCACCAGCAAGAACUCCAACAGACUUCAAACUCCUUGCUCUUACAGAGUUAAAAUCAGUAAAUACAGACGAGGAACUUGACCCAUUCGAUACUUCCAUUGCUGAAAAAUUUGGAAAGACAGAACUUCGGCACCUGGAGAACGAAUUUUUGUCAGCUAAGGAACUCCCUUUAUCAAACGAUUUCGACGAGUUUGAUCCAAGAAUAGAAGAAACUGUAAAGCCUUUAGCUUCAGCAAAGCCUGAGAGAACUGAGAGACCAGAACGUCCACCUCCUUGUCUCCUAGCUGCAACUCCUACUGACAACAGCGCUCCACUUCAACCAAGCCUUAGCGUAGCUCAGGAGCCUCAAGAAGGAACCACUCCCGAAGACUUCGACCCCUUUGAUACUUCCAUUGCUGACAAACUUGGUAAAACCGAAAUUAAAGUUCUUGAAGAAUCUUUACUUUCAAAAGAAAACGAAUUAGCCUCGAGUGACAAAACAGGUUUCAAUUCACUCUCAGUAUCUAGUGAUACAUCAACGCUCACGACUGAUCACUUCCUCAGCACAUCACCCACACCAGGCCUAGGACCGACCCUUCAACCAGUUCCAGAGACAAGAGGAGAGAAACCUGUAGAGCUCGAUCCUUUUGAUACAUCAAUUGCUGAUAGAUUUGGUAAUACUGAACUGAAAACUCUCGAGUCUGAACUUCUUUCCGAUUCAGGAACCAAAAGGAACUUGAGUGACGACGAAUUCGAUCCUCGAGAAGAGAACAAAACCCCAAAGCGGUCACCUCUUCCAGUUCAAAAGUCGGCAACUCCAGUGAAUCUUCUGGAUUCUUCUGACGACCAUAAUAUUUCUGACCAGCCUAUAAAGGCACUGCAGGCAAAGUCAGUGGAAACCACUCUUGAUGAUUACGAUCCAUUCGAUACAUCAAUAGCUGCUGACAUUGCGCCAAGCAAAGUUGAACUAAAAUACCUUGAAACGGAACUACUGAGUGCCUCUCAGGAUCCCUUUGAUACUUCUAACGUUCUUUGA